AUGGAGGAAACCCUUGGACAGGCAUGGGAUAGGUUUAAAGGCUUGUUGAGAAAAACUCCUGUUCAUGGGUUUGACAAAACAACUUUGGUGCUUGCAUUCCUUGGAGGCCUUAGUACACAGUCUAAGAUGAUGUUAGACACUUCAGCUCGAGGUGACAUAAAGAAAAAGACUGAGGACGAGGCUUAUGAUUUAAUUGAAAGUAUGGCAGUGAAUGAGCAAGGGACUCAUAAUGAAAGGGGUGCAACAAUUCCAAAGAGGGGAGUCCUACAUUUGCCUGCUGAUGAUGCAUUACUAGCUCAGUAUCACCUUCUCACUCAGAAAUUGAAUAAUUUGACAAAGAUUCUCACUCAACUUCCAAAGAAGAUCAGGAAUGUGUCUCAGGCUCAACAACUUUAUAUGCAAGAAGAGGCAAAGUAUAUGGGUAAUCAGUUCCAAUAUAGGUGGGGAAAUUUCAACCAAGGUAACUAUAGCCAAGGUGGGAAGAACCAUCCUAGUAUCAGACAGGGUCAAAACAACCCAUCUAGGCAAACAGGAGGCCUUUUCAACAAUAAACCACAACAACAACCAUCCUUGUUACAACAAAUGGCCAGCUUGACAGAGAAUGUGAGAGACCUUAAUGAUAAAUUUGAUAAAUUUAUGAAGGUUUAUGAUUCUCACUUUGCGUAUCAUCAAGCCAAUUUCACAACUUUGGAGAUGCAGAUUGGUCAACUAUCAAAAAGGGCGGAAACCACAGAAAAGAGCCAAUUUAAGGCUAAUACUGAUAUUGGUCAACUAUCAAAGAGGGUGGAAACCACAGAAAAGAACCAAUUUAGGGCUAAUACCGAUGUUAAACCUAAAGAGGAAUGCAAAGCAGUGGUGAGCAGGAGCAAGAGAAGAGCAGAAAAAGAAGUUAUUGAGAUUGAGAGUAGUGAGGAGGAGGAAGAUGAAAAAGAAAUCAUUGAGCUAAGCAUUAAAGCACUCCACCAGAUUCCUGUUUACUCCAAGAGAAUAAAGUACUAUCUUGGAGAGGUGAUAGAUCUUGAUGAAGAGGAAAUUGAAGAACAUGAAGCUUAUACACGGCCUAAGAAAAGAAAGCAUCCAACUAAAAUCAAGGAUCUAGGAAGUCUUACUCUUCCAUGUGUUAUAGGAGAUGUGGAUAAAAUUGGAGGGCUAGUAUUGAAACCAUCUAUUCUUUCUGUGAUGGUAGCGGAUGGAUCUACUAAGUGGCCGAUUGGUAUGGUGGAGGAUGUUAUUGUUCGUGUGGAGCAUCUUGAGUUCUUGGUUGAUUUUAUAGUCAUGGAUAUGGACACGGAGGAAAGGAUUCCAGUGAUUCUAGGAAGGCCUUUCAUGAAAACUGCCAAAUUAGUGAUGAUUAUCUAUGACGGGAGGAUUAUGUUAAAGGACCAAGAAAAUGUCUUAAUGUAUACUGGCUCUGAGGAGAAUAUAGCAUGGAAAAAAAUGAGAGCCAAAUAUAAAGCUUCAAGAAGAGAUGAUGCAGCUAGAGGAGAUACAGGUACUAAUGAUGAUUGUAAUUUUUUGCAGGUACCUAAGGAGGAAGAUAUUGAUAAAGGAAUCCAACUUGACUUAAAAGAAGCAACACUCCAACCUGGUGCAAAGGUGAAAUACAAGGAGAAGGAGUGGUUAGUGAAAGAGCUUAAAGAGAAAGGAGUGAUGGAGAUUGAAAGACCAUACUCCAGAUUAGUCAAAGAGGUGGAUAAGAGGCAACUGAUGAGUUGGUCGGAUGAAGGCAUCAAUGUGGGUGAGAAGACAUGA